AUGUCACAAGAAAACCUUAACAGCCCGGUCUUAAACGACCUUCCGUCGUCUGGUAAUGUUUCGGAAAAUGACGAAGUAGUAUAUAGAAAACACAGAAACACAGUGAAACAAAUGAUUCUUAGGUUCGAAAGAACCGGUGUACAUCUAGAUGGUUCAUGUGAAUCUUUGGAGAGGCUAAAUAAUCCGUUUUCAAGUAGUUUAACUAGUGUUGUAAGUCCUAUUCACUCUCAUUUCCAGCAUUUGUGUCCAGUGAAAACGCCACUAGAUAGACAUUCAAAUGUGUCGGUGAAUUCGAUUUUAUCCAAUGCUUCCGAAGGAAGUUAUGAAUCCAGCUCAUCUGGGUUCGUAUCGGAUAGGAAGUCCUCAUCAUUAAAACCUCAUAGGCCAGCUCCACCGCCACCACCUGCAUUUAAUGACAGUUCUUCAAUUGACAGUAAAUCACCCUUACCUGAAGAAAAGCCAGUUAAAGAAAGACGGUACUCCUACGCUACUCCUUCUACAUCACCCGUAGCUCCGCGAAGAUCACGUCAACCGCCUGUUAUAAGGAGAAAAUCAUCAAUUGCUGGCCAAGGGCAUAGUGGAGAAACAUUGUGGUCGUAUGGUGUUAGGCAAAGUGAUUUAGAGAAAUUGUUAAGACUUAAACUUUCGGAAUCGUCGGAUAAUGAAGAAGAAGUAAAACCUAAUGUAAUAGACACGUCGUCUAGUGGGAGUAGUAGUAGUAGUAGUAGUAGUAGUAGUAGUGAUUCCAAUGAUAGUGAUAAAUUAAAGGAAGGGGAAGAGUAUGUAGUGAGUAACGAUGAAUGCAAGGCAGAUGCCAUAUCGACAGACCGAUCAACGGAUACAUUAAUGAACGAUUAUGAAAGUGAUGAGGCAGAUAAUUUAUCGGUUACAUCUGCAGAUCCCAGUCAUUUUGACAACGUUAGCAUUAAAUCAAUAUCAUCGUUUGACAUGGUUCCGUACCAAAAGUAUGAUAGUAUUACGGUUUCCUCCGACGAGUUUGGCUCCGAGGUGUGCCAUGCUCCCGACACUGAGUUUCUCACAGUGAGUGCAGUUAACGAGUGGUGUGUAUCAAAGUCCACGGAACCGGUAUUAUUACCAGUAGAAUCAAAAAAGGAAAAAUAUCGAAGACGAAUGACGGAACGCGUCAAUGAGUUGAUACACACAGAAAACGUAUACGUGGAACGACUCAGGCAUGUUGUGGAGGAUUACAUUCCCGAAAUGUCCCGGGAAGAUAUACCAAUCACGCUUAUGGGUAUGAAAACAGACAUUUUUGCGAACAUUGAACGGAUAUGUCGGUUUCAUGCUGAGGAAUUCCUGCCCGCAUUGAGAGACUGCGAAAAUGAUCUAAGAAAACUUGGACAAUGUUUUCGGAGAUUUGAACAAAAGUUUAAUAUGUAUGUGAUGUAUUCUAGAAAUAAUAAAAGAGCAACGAAACUUGUUUACGAACACAAGCAUUUUUUCCAGCGACGACAAUUAGAGUUGGGAGAUAGAUUAGAUCUCUCUAGCUAUCUUUUAGAGCCGGUUCAAAGGAUACCUAGGUAUAAGCUAUUUCUUGACGACCUCGUGAAAACUUACAUCAAUUACGAAAAUGAGAGAUGUGAGUCCGACUCUAGAAUAUCUAAAUUAAGUGUGGACAGUGACGAGACAGGUGGAAGCAACGGAGAAUCUGAAAGUGAUGAAACGCCUUUAGAAAGUUUAAAACUAGCGAAGACUAUGGUCGAGUGUGUUCUAACAGCGGUUGACGGGAUUAUGGCAUUGGAGAACAUAAGGGACUGCCCUCCACAUUUGAACCUGUUGAAUCAGGGCAGAUUGCUAAGACAGAGUGAGUUCUACGCGAUGGACAACGCGCGCCGGCGGCGACAGCUCAUGAGAAUCUUUUUGUUUGACAAAUUGGUGCUCAUUACAACUGUUUAUAGAAAGCAAUUGACGGUCGAGUUCUUUAUAUACAAAGAUCACAUACCGGUCGAUGAUCUCGGUAUAACGGCAAAAGAACACGACCAAUACAAAUUCAGCAUUUGGUACAAGCAGAGGAAUCUUAAGUCUUACAAACUUGAAACAAGGGACCCAGUCAUCCGGAACGGCUGGGUGGAAGAGAUCACCUCACUUCUUUGGGAGCAGGCGAUGCAGAAAAAGGAACUUUUGCUUCAACAACGUAAGAAGAGGAUAUCCAUGGUAUCAAUGGACAGCCAGAACUCAACGGAAACAGAUGGCAAAGAUGACAAAUACAAUUCCCUUCGAGGCGUGCCUGGCGAGGUUCGUUGUUCAGGGGACAAGAAAGUUCGCAGAACAACCUGGUAUUGUGAAUGA